UUUCCAAGAUGACCGGGUCGGUGAUUCCAAAAAAUACCAUUGCCGACGAACCCAAGUACACGCCAUUGGAGUCCCGGCAUAGAGCUGCGACCGCACCUCCCCUUUUGUGCCGUGCCACUGCACCAUCGACAUUAACCUUCAUCACACCCGGCGGUGGUGGCAGCCAGCGCCUAGGCUGGGCCGCCAUAGGUGCCGAAGUAGCCGGCCUUGCCUUAGCUGUCGCUAGUUGCUCCAGUUCGUCAAGGAACCUGUUGACAAAGAGGAUGGUCUGUUGCGGAGUCUGAAAAAUUGCCUCAUAGACAGCUUUGCGUCUAGCAUACCAAAUUGCCCAAAGAGUCACUGCCAUUCUCGUGAAACUUGCAUGAUCUAGGAAGAAGACAAGGAAAUGAGGUACCCGGCUUGAUUCAUUUUGGGCCGGAUUGCAUGAAAGCCUUUUGCUUUAUCUAAAUAGCCCAACAGUCCAGCCCAUUCUGAGUAACCAUCGCCACUGUCGCCGCCGGUCGACACCUCGUCCCUUUCCCUUCUCCACCCCCGGGCGAGCUCACCGGCAGUUCACCGCCCCGCCGCCUCCUCCCCUUCCGUCCCGGCGCUUCCGCCUCCAACAAUGUGCGCAGCCAGGCGUCUCGCAGCGGCGCUCCCUCGACUGCGAGCACAGCACCGCGCCUCCUCCUCCGCCGCCUCCCCACCCGCUCCCACCCCUUCCGCCGCCUCCGUCCUCGACGACCUCCUCUCCGCGCCCACCCCUUCCGCCUCCGCCCUCUCCCUCCUCCGCGACACGCCCUCCCUCUCCGCCGAGCUCUACUCCACCCUCGCCGCGCCCUCCCACGCCCUCACCCCCGCCUCCCUCGCGCUCCUCCUCUCCCUUCCCUCAUGCCACCGCCUCCCGCCCCCCUCCGCGCCCAUCCUCUCCGCCCUCUUAUCCAAGAUCCUCGCGCGUCGUCCCUCCUCUCCCGUCCAAGCCGCCGGCUUCCUCUGUGCCUCCCUCGCCGCUGGCGCCCCGCCGCCAGAGACUUCUGUUUUCAACAAGCUCCUAGCCCCGCUCGCUCGCGCCGGAGACCUCCCGAGAAUGACCCAGCUCUUCUCCUCCAUGCGGGCCGCCACUGUCAGGCCUGACGCCGUCACCUACGGCAUACUCGUCAAUGGCCUCUGCAAAUCUGGCCGCGUGGGGGACGCCCUCAGGAUGCUCGAUGGAAUGUCUGGUUCAGACUCGGACGUUCGCCCGGAUGUUGUCACGGUGAACACAGUCGUGAACGGUUUGUGCAAGAGUGGGAGGGUCCAAGAGGCUGUGACAUUUGUGGAGGAGCGGAUGAGGAGUGUGCAUGGACAUGCACCCGACACAUUUUCUUACAACUGCUUGGCCGAUGCAUUUUGCCGUGUGGGGAAUGUUGCCAUGGCGUGUGAGGUGAUUGGGAGGAUGGAGAGGGAGGGCCUGUCACCGGAUGUCUUCACUCUGAACAUGAUUGUGGUCGCCUUGUGCCGGGUAGGGAGGGUUUGGGCUGCGCUGGAGUUCUUCAGGGAGAAAAGAACAAUUUGGCCUGAAGCCAGGGGCAACGCUGUGACCUACAGCACUCUGGUUCAGGCUUUGCUCAGCACUAAAAAUGUGGAUGUGGCCAUGGAGUUGUUCCAUGAGAUGAAAGAAGUAUGGCAACCACCAAAGAAAACCAUGUAUUUCAUCAUGACGUUGGGAUUGGCACAAGCAGGGCGGUUGCAGGAUGCUUGCUCCAUGGCGUCAUCGAUGAAGAAGGCAGGCUUUCAGCUGGAUGCAAAAGCAUACAAUAUUUUGAUUGGUGGGUUUUGUAGGGAGAACAGACUGUGUGAGGCUCAUGAGUGGCUUGGGAAGAUGAAGGAAGCUGGUCUCCGGCCAGAUGUGUACACCUACACUACCUUGUUGUCUGGUUCGUGCAAAGCAGGAGAUUUCUUGGCUGUGGAUGAAUUGAUGGGGAAAAUGAUCGAUGAUGGUUGCCGGCCUUCUGUGGUCACCUUUGGUACACUUAUACAUGGAUAUUGCAAAGCUGGUAAAAUAGAUGAGGCGUUGCACAUUUUCCGGUCUAUGGAUGAAUCUGGUGUUCAGCCCAACACUGUGAUAUACAAUAUUCUGAUCGACUUUCUCUGCAAGAGCAGAAAUGUUAGUUUAGCAAUUAAACUGUUUGAUUGGAUGAGCGAGAAGCAUGUGCCCGCAGACGUAACAACCUUCAAUGCAUUGCUGAAGGGACUUCGCGAUAAGAAUAUGCCGGAGAAGGCCUUUGAACUGAUGGACAGGAUGAGGGAAGAGAGGUGCACCCCUGAUUCCUUGACCAUUGAAGUUCUCCUUGAAUGGCUGCCUGGCAUUGGUGAAACAAAUAGAUUAAAUAAUUUUAUGCAGCAAGUGGGGUGUACGGCACCGAAAAGGACAACUACAUAAGAAUAUGCUAGUUGGCACAAUGAAAUAGUCUUUCUCAAAUUAUGCAGGCAUGAAUUUUGCUUCAGCUUAAUCAGCAGUUACAAUACCUAGGUGGAAUUUGUGAUGGGAAGGUCAGAGCUGAUGAGAAUUGUCUGCACUCUGCAAUCUCAGUCGUGGCUUACGGUGACAACUGGUUAUGUUUUUCAGUCAUUACUAGUCAUGACACUGUUGGUUGGGUACUCAUCAGUUCCUUUUUCUGAUGUUUGCAUCCAUGAGCGCCAUUAUUGAGGAGUGCAGAAAGCAGUUAUAUCAGUUCUCAGCUGGUCAGUGGAUAGUAGUGUAACAGGCAUCAACACAUUCUUGACAUGCAGCCGUCUACAUCAAAUGAGGCUCUUAUUCUUCAUCAGAUAAUUAUUGCUGAAGAGACUUCGUAUAGAAUAUGCCUGAAAAGGCCUUUGAAUCGAUGGAUCGUAUGAUGGAAGAGAGGUGCACUCCAGAUUACGUGGCCAUUGAUAUUCUUAUGGAAUGGCUGACUGUCAUUGCUGAAACAGAAAGAUGAAAGGAUUUUAUGCAGCAAUGGGACAAUGUGGCACCCAAGAGGAUAAAUUGAUAAGAAUAUGCUUAGUCGACACCAAGAGUUUUGCUCAAAGGAGGGAGCCAUGAGUUUUGCUUCAGAUUAAUCAAGAAUAGCAAUACGAAGGUGUAAUUUGUGAUGGAAAGAGCCGUGUUGGAUAGAAAACCAACUCCUGAAGCCUGGCUGACCUAAUAUAAUGGCUGCCCCUGUGAUCAGAAUUGUCUGCACCCUGCAAUCAUAAACAGCCAGCAGGCACUGUUGGUCGGGGGCUCAUCGGUUCCUUUCUCUGGUGUUUGCCGGCACCUGCAUUAUAACUGAAGAAUGCAGAAAGUCGAUACAUUGCACAUUUACAACCUAAUCACUUCAGCGCUCAACUGCUUAGAAGAUGGUAGGGGGGCAUACAGCAGCAGAUGGUUGUCAUGCAACCAUCUAUAUGUAUAUAUAUCAAGUGAUCCCCUUGUUCUUCAGCAGAUAAAGGUGAUAGUUGCACUUGGGAAAGAUAAAAAACGUGGGCGUGUUAAGGGUGAGAUUCUGUAAAGAGGAAAGCCUCUUUGCAUUGGCUAUAUUACCAUAUUUUAUUUAUUAUGAUUGAAGAGAUUAUCUGCAACAUGACUUAUUCUAUGUGUACGUACUAUAAUUGAGUUCUAAUGGUAAAAACAUGUAUGCGCAGAUUUCUUGAUGAUUGUAUAAAUCUUAAUUUGAAGAA